AUUAAGAAUACUUUAGAUUUUAUAGACUAUACGCUUUUUUUUAACCAUGUUAGAGAUAUGUUAAUUUUAAAGUUAAAACAAUCAUGUUUACAAUCAUCUAUAAAAUUUAAUUUACAUGUGGAUAGUGUAUACGAACGAAUACUUACUCAAGAAGUUCGAGACAUAGCUUUCAAAACUUCUAAUACACUUGCAUGUAAUUCAUCCGAUUUCAAUAAAUUACUAAAUGGAAUGUUUAAUAAAUUAUUAUCCGAACAAGACCAGUUUUUAGCGAAAGGAUCUGGGUGGUCCCUUAAGACUAUAGACGUAUUACAAUUGAGAAUUAAUAUACCGUAAAACGGGGUCACUCGGGUCGCUGAGGUGAUUAGAAUCAAAAAUUAUCUUUUUUCGUUAUCAGCCGCCGUGGAGGUAAAUAUUGACGUUUUUGGCGUUGGAACAGUUGGAUCGAUAUAAGAACGUGUCUAAUGCUAUGGUUAAAUCGAUCAAAUGUAGCUCUCCCGAAUUUAUUAUCAACCAGAUAACAUCAAUAUCGUUAUCAUAAAACGUGUUAUUUUUCAACUCGUUCAAACUUCUUCUGAAUUACAAGUCGGAAAAAUGCCGCGAACAUAUGUCCCGAAUCCUCGUGGGGUUAGGCAUCAACAGCACAGUGUUGAGGAAUUGGAAAAUGCGUUGACGAUAAUUUCAAGUGGAAAAUCUAUAAGGUCUGUGAGCCGCGACUUAAAUAUCCCUUUUAGCGUAUUACAAAGGUUUCAUAAAAAUCGCCAACAAAACCCAAAUUUUCUCCCGAAAAAAUUGGGAGGUCAGAUUAGUUUACCAGAAUGCGUGGAAAAAGCUUUGGUAGAAAAUAUUUUAAAAUGUUCGGAUUGGGGUUAUCCUAUUACGGAAUUCGAACUAAGAAUGUUCGUAAAAUACCAUCUUGAUAGAGUAGGAACGAAAAUAGCCAAGUUUAAAGAUAAUCGACCUGGAUACGAUUGGGCGAAAUUAUUCCUUAAAAGACAUAAGCAAGAUAUAUCCCAAAGAAUGUGCCAAAAUAUUAAACGGAGUCGUGCUGCUGUCACUAAUAAAAUGAUAAACGAUUAUUUUGACAAUUUGACGCCAUAUUUAAAAGACAUUUCCCCAGAUUUAAUCAUAAACUAUGAUGAAACCAAUUUGUCAGAUGAUCCGGGACGUAAACGCAUAAUAUGCAAGAGAGGUACUAAAUACCCAGAAAGAAUUAUGAAUUUUACAAAAUCAGCUACCUCUGUUAUGUUUGCCGCUGCGGCUGACGGUACACUUCUCCCACCUUAUAUAAUUUAUAAGUCAAUGCAUUUGUAUGAUAAAUGGACUGAGGGCGGUCCAAGAGGUGCUAGAUAUAAUAGAACUCCUUCUGGGUGGAUGGACGGUCGAUGCUUUUUAGAAUGGUUUAUAAAAAUAAUAGUUCCAUAUUGUAAAUGUAAAGAAGGUCGCAAAAUAUUAAUAGGUGAUAACUUGAGCUCGCAUAUUUCCCCCGAAGUUAUUAAACUGUGUAAUAAGUAUCAAAUUGAUUUUAUUUUGCUUCCACCAAACUCAACCCAUAUAACCCAGCCAUUGGACAUAGCAUUUUUUCGACCGUUAAAAGGAUCUUGGAGAAAAGUUCUAGAUGACUGGAAAAGUAAUAAAAAAUCACCGUCAGUUGACAAAAGUACUUUCCCUUCUCUUCUAAAAUCUACGAUUGAUAACUUAAAUGGAAGAGAUGGAGAUGUUAUUAGAGCUGGAUUUGAAAAAUCUGGAAUUUGGCCUUUAAAUAGAGAUCGAGUUUUAAAUAUGCUACCGAAAGAUGAUCAAUUUGAUACAAGCAGUGAAAUUGUAGAAAAUAACUUAACGAUGUUUUUAAAAGAGUCUAGAUUUGGAGAGAGUACUCACAAAAAAACUAGAAAAUCACGUUUAAAAGUUCCAGCGGGGAAAAGUGUUCGUGCUCAUGAUCUCGAAUCAUCAGAAUCAGAGAUAAGUGAAGAUGAUAAUCUAUUAAACCAAACAUUUAAUGAUGAAAAUGACAAUGAAAUCGAUCAACCAUCGGGCAAUGAUACUAUAAUAGAACCAACGCAGUCUACAAGUUCAGGGAAUCGUGGAGUAAUAAAUAUGCCAAUAAACGUUUUACAAACAAACAUUGAAGAAGGAACAUGGGUUGCAGUCAAUUUUGGUAAAAAUAAGCCCAAAAUAUUUUUUGGCAAAGUUGUAUCUGUUAUUAAAAAAGGCGAAAUGUAUGAAGGAUCUUUUACAAGGCCUAGUCUAAACAUUAAAAAUCUGGACAAAUGUAUCCAUGCAUUUCCUGAGGUAAUAGACUUUUGUGAGUUCAGCAUCAUACAAGUAAUUAGAAUUCUAAAAAAUCCAAAACCCUUAAGAAGAGGUAGGUGGGAAUUUGAAGAAAACUUGAAAAGUGUACAAGAGGAGUUUGAGAAAAAAAAAUGAACACUGCAUACACUUAAUUUUUGUAUAUAU